AUGGAAAUUCCCAAAGCAGUAAAAAAUUUUGAAUUGCCUCAGGCAGUUAAAAAUAUAGAGCUUCCGGCAGCGAUGAAGAACAUGGAACUUCCUGCUGCAGUGAAAAACAUGGAGCUUCCAGCUGCCGUCAAAAAUUUGGAACUCCCCGCGGCUGUAAAAAACAUGGAACUCCCCGAGGCUGUGAAAAAUAUCGACAUUCAAAAUGUCGUGAAAAAUGUACCAAGUGCUGUAAGGAAUGUUCCUACUGCUGUUAUGAAUAACGUUCCGGAUGCUGUAAAGAAUAUACAAGUUCCUAAAAAUUUAAACACAAGCAUGUUUUCAUCAUUUGCAACAAGUGCUUUUACAAGUGUUGCCUCUUUAACGAAAACAAUUCAACAAAGGAUGGAAGAAACAACAAGAGAACUUCAACACCAACACGAAGAGUUCAUUAGAGAAAUAAAGGAAGAGUCAAAGGAACCAAAAGCAGGAACGGAAGCCGUCCCACCAUGGGCUGGUUUACCAAAUGAAGAUGAACUUAAAGAUCAAAUAUUAGCCCUAUCUCAGGAUAAACGCAAUUUUACCAUUCCACCACCAGAAAAUACGAAUUUUCAAUUUGACAUGCAUGUAUUUUUUCAAACAGCCAUGGCAACGCUUAAUCUUGAUCCUACGCUAAAUCGUAUGCGAUUCGAAUUAGUCCCAGCAGUAGUAUCAGAACCAACAUUUUGGAGAAAUUAUUUUUAUCGCGUAUCUCUCAUCAAACAAACAGCAUUGGAUUCAAUAAAAGAUGCCGAUUUAGAAAAGGAAAUUCAUUUUGAAGAAUCAGAACAAUCUAAGGAUACUCAGGAAGUCGAUGAAAAACAAGUUGAAACAAAAGAGAAUAAGGGAAAGGAAGAAGCAUCUAAUAGUGAAGUAUUAUUUGAUUCCUCCAAGUCUGGUGAUGAUUCAGACUCUUGGAUAAAUGAAGCAGCUGAUUUAGAAGGGUUAGAAGACGGCGAUGUAGAAGAGCCAGAGAAUUGGGAAGAAGAGUUAAAAGAAUUAUCGUCAUUUUAA